CACAAAGAAGGAUACAAACCCUACCCCAAUUUUCCUCUUAUUUUUUUCCCAAGGUUUACCGCUGCUAACGAUCCGAUAAACUCCUCCGACCAGAGCGGCGAGGCAGCCAUGGCGAAACCCACAACGGAGGUGGCUUUGAUCUCAGUUAUCGUAGCUCUAUUCCUCGUUUCCACAACUUUUGCGAGUUCAGACGCUCCUUUCAUCGUCGCUCACAAGAAGGUCAGUCUCAACAGGCUCAAGUCCGGCGCUGAAAAAGUCUCCGUCUCGAUCGACCUCUACAACCAGGGAACUGUGACAGCGUAUGAUGUGAGUCUAUCUGAUGAUAGUUGGACUCAAGAUGUCUUUGACCUGGCCGGUGGUAACACUUCCAAAUCAUGGGAAAGGAUUGAUGCUGGAUCUCUUGUUUCCCAUUCUUUCGUUCUGGAAUCUAAAGUGAAAACCAUGUUCUAUGGUGCACCUGCAGUCAUCAAAUUCCGAAUCCCAACUAAGGCAGCACUACAGGAGGCUUAUUCGACCCCAAUGCCGCCUCUAGAUAUCCUUGCUGACAGACCACCAGAAAAGAAGUUUGAAUGGGCAAAGAUGUUGUUGACAAAAUAUGGGUCAUUAGUAUCGGUGAUCUCCAUUGUGGUCUUGUUUGUGUACCUGGUUGCCACCCCUUCAAAAUCUAGUGCUCUAAAGGGUAGCAAGAAGAGGCGUUGAGCAUUAUAGAUGGGAAACCAGCUUCAAGGAGUUGUCUGCAAUUUGAAAUUGUUGGGGGCAUAAGCUUCUCCGACGCAACUCCAGUCAAGCUCAUCUAAUGAGUAGGACAUACUUUUAAAACUUGUAGUACUUAAAAACUGACAGGUUUUUUUUUUUUUUUUGUAGCUUGGCCAACGGCCAUGAAAGAUGAUUUGAACCUGAGUUGAGUCACCAUGUUCUGUAUCAUUUUUGAUCAAUUUCCAGCAUCAAGUUAAGGACUAGAUUUCAUGAGAUGCAUGUACUGUAGAAAAUUGUUGGGAAUUUCUGAUUUUUGAAUUAUUUAUUAAGAGUAAUAUCCUUAUUAUUAUAAA